AACAGUUAAAUUGCGAUUAACCCUCGAUUUAUGUUGUAUAGGCUACUGGUCAUGCCACUAUAUAUAUGUGUGUAAAUGAAGUUUACCAGUUUUAUAGUUACAAACUUCAAAGAAUGUCGUAAGUCUGCACGUAGGCCUAUAUAAUGGUUCCCUUAUUGUUUAAAAUGUAUUUUGCUAUUUUGUGUCACCUUUAUUUCGUAGCAAUAUUAGGAAGAAGGAUUGACAAAGACGGAAAAACACAAACUUAUAUUGAAGGACUCGAUUAUUUCUACAACUCAGCAACAGGGAAGAACGAAUCGUGUUCCGAUAGAUGCGACAUUCCAUCGUUUUACGAGUAUACCUGUGGUCAAGAGUGUAAAUUAUACACUCCAAAACAAAGAGUUACAAUCCAGCCUACCAAAAGCGUCCAGGAAUAUCUUCAAGACAUUCAGGACAUCGAUCAGGAACCAAACUUAAUCUACCUAGGUAUAGCUGUAGGCUUCGUUAUAGUGGCAUGCCUGCUACUGUACUGCUUUAGGAACAAAAUUCGGCAAUUGAUCUCUUGGUUGAAGGAACGACUCUGUGAAAAAUUAACACUCGCUCAUACUGAGACCGGAGGCGCUUCAACUAACCCGCCAUUCACGGCAAAUAACUAUCAACCCUCAGCCACUGGACAGAUGGGAUAUCAACAAGUGCAGCAAAGUGACUGUGAUACUGCAAGGCCAGUUACUCAGGAUUCUGCUAUUGAUAUAGAAGUUGACCAAGGAGCCGGGCACAGAUCAUAG